AUUGAUUUUCAGUUAGUCUAUGUCUAUGGUUGUGUUGUGAAGACGACCGACACGGCACGGUCUACAUGCCUAAUGCUAUUUCAUUGAUAAACUAAUAAUUACAUAUUAAAUUAUCCUCAAAUCACAAAAAAAUAUAAGAACAUUUUACAAUGAAGCAAAUUUGGCAGUGUUUGUUUUCACCGCGUCUAUACAAGGUGUACCGGGAUGGACCAAAAGACUCGGUGUACCAGCCCGUAGGAUACGAAAAAUGGGGCGACAAAAUAAUAAUAACAGCUCAUACACUAUUAAACAUUAGUUUAUAUACCUCGCCUUUUAUUUCCUUCUACAUAUACAAGCGAGGCUUCAUGUCGAUUGAUGAGGUAAAGUCAAUGGCUCGGAUCUUUGGUGGCCUUUCUUGUCUAAUAGCAUUCUCGUUCUUAAUCCGAGCUUAUGGAAGAUCCUUAAACCCCAAGUAUCUUCAGUUUGUGGACACCAUAAAACACGCUAUGACUGACAAACAAGCUUAUUUAACAGAGCUGAGGAAGUACGAUUUUGAUAUUAAAGCAUGGCCAGUUACUUUCACUGUGGCAAGCAAAGAGAGUAGUGCAAGUGAUCCAAUUAUAAAAAUGGAUCCAAUUGAUCAAGGGUUGAAAUGGUAUCAACACCACCCCUUCCGAUGUUGCUCCAACGCAGACCUUCGAUUCUACAAACGUGUCCCUCUUCAGAUCCUGGCGUUCUGCGCUGUGCAUACCUUCGGCCUGAGACUUAUUUACCCAGGAUCUUUGACCGUUGUCAACUCUCUGCUAUGGGCUGCCCUCUUACUAGGAAGGGCUGUGCUCGUAGAAAAAUAUGGUGGGAAGCGAGCCCGAAUCGGAACAGCAGAUGGCAACACUAUUGAUACAAUGUUUGUGGACAACCGCACUCGUUCCGUGAAGGGUAAGACCCUGGUUGUGUGCUGCGAAGGAAACUCUGGAUUCUAUGAAAUCGGGAUCAUGACUACGCCCAUAAAGUGUGGGUAUUCGGCAUUAGGAUGGAAUCACCCUGGAUUCGCUGGAAGCAGUGGCCUGCCGUAUCCAUCUCAGGAGCAUAAUGCGAUUGACGCAGUGAUGCAGUACGCUAUCAACGAGCUAGGCUUCCGUCCCGAGGACAUUGUGCUAUUGGGCUGGAGCAUCGGAGGAUACACCGCGACCUGGGCUGCUGUCAACUAUCCAAUCGGAGCCUUGGUCUUGGACGCUACUUUCGAUGAUCUUCUGCCACUCGCCCAGAACCAGAUGCCAUCGUCCUGGGCCCUACUUGUGAAGGAAGUAGUUCGCUCCUACGUGGAUCUGAACAUAGCUGAUCUGAUCACCAAGUACAAUGGACCUGUGAAAAUAAUCCGCCGCACUGAAGAUGAGAUUAUUAGCUUGCGGCAAGGUAUCCUUUCGACGAACCGCGGCAACAAUCUGCUGAUUAAGCUGUUGGACAAGAGACACCCUAAAGUUAUGGAGGAUCCCUACAUCCGUGUGGCUCUUAUUAAAUUGCUUGCCCUCAUGGAUCUUCAGCGCAACAUCGUCGAAAGGAACGAGAUUGAAGAAAGCGAGCGUCCACUGCUGCCUUUGAUUCAAAAGUACCUGCAUGACUACAGAUCAUCGCACUGCACCCCACUCCCUGAGAGUGAUUUCGUUGCGGUGAUGCAACGUCUUGAAGCUAUUAAACAAGAAUAGUGCUGUGCCUUACGAUAUAAUUGUAUCGUACCCAUCCAUGGUUCAUUUGCCUACAGCAACCGACGUGCGCCACGCUCCAUGUCCGUAUUAAUCGAUAUCGAUUAAAACGGACAUGAAAUCUAGAGCCCCUGUAAAGGUGAAGGACUCCUAUGUGAUUGUCUUCAAUGUGACUCAAAUUACUAGGUUUUUACUCCUUUACUUCCUUCCCGGUGGUUGCCAGUGCGGUUUACGAGCUUCGUUGGUGAUAAUAUUCAAAAUUAUACUAUGUAUUUUUUAUAUAUAUCGGUCUUUUGGAAGUCACAUUGUGUAAUUUCUAGUGAGGUAAGUAAGUGUAAUAAUUUGCUUUCGUUACAAACUGUAAAGCGAAUGCUGUGUUUAAUAUAAUUGUGUAUCGUAUUCGUUAUAGUUAUCUAGAUAAUUGACAAUGGCGUCCUCGAACGCAACCUAAGUUGAAGCUACUAUAUUUGGACUGAUGUUUAUCAUCUUGGUUGAAAAAAUAUUUGUGUAAAGGACUGUCGAGUUUGUAAUGAGAUAUGUACUUUAUAAUGACAGAUUGAGGCUCAAAUCAAAGAUAUUGUAGUUUCCAUGUAUUCCAAGACUCUUAGGGUCGUUGGAUUUUACUAGUUUGACUAAUAUUGCGUUGUUAAAAUAUAGGCAGAGGCUGCCUCUUUUUUUAAUCCAUAAUAGAUAAUGAUGAUGGGUAUAAUAAUAUAUUAAAUUUAUCGUAUUUAUACGUAACGGGCUACAUUCUAGAUCACACAUAAAAUUGUAAGUAAUUGUUGAUAGGAUAGGACUUCUCAUUUCACAAAAUGAUUAUAUUAUU